UUGACACGCUCCCUUUACUUCCCUGUGAUGUUGAACGUUGAACGAGAGACGCACGAGCGCUAGCAGUCCGGGCUGAUCACAGGAGGUCUCGCGACCAAAGGCGUUGAAUCAUAGUGGAUUAAUCUCUAAACAAGGGCAGAAAGAGUCUCCAUCAGUAUGGAUCAUUCAGUGCAGAUGCAUCUCUCUCUUGAUUGACAAGCAAGAGGGAAGGGCCAUCCCCAGGAAGAGUCUCAUUAGGUAGAGAAGAUCCAACCCUCAAAUCCCACAAGUCUCGACCAUGAAACUCGACCCAUCCUGAACUCUGCCUAUACGCAAACACCCAAACAUGGCCUCCAUAUACUUAUGGAAGCUGUCAUCCCAGAAGCUAGGCUUCUUCCUGGUGAGUUUUGGCUUUAUCUGGGGUAUGAUGCUACUGCACUUCACCAUCCAGCAAAGGACGACGCACGAGAGCAGUGCCCAGUUACGCGUGCAGAUCCUCGACCUGAGCAAGCGCUACAUCAAAGCUCUGGCCGAAGAGAAUCAGGGCAUGAUGGAUGGACCUUACGUGGGGACCAUGACUGCAUACGAUUUGAAGAAGACUCUCGCUGUGCUGCUGGACAACAUCAUGCUGAGAUUGUCCAAGCUUGAGUCCAAAGUGGACACCAUCGUUGUCGUCAAUGGCUCGGCCUCUAACCAGACCAACAGCACGGUGGCUCCUGCCCCCAACUCCGCCAAUGGCGAGAAGGUCAAUGUGGCAGACCUGCUCAGUGGAGCACAGGAGAAGUGUGAGCUGCCACCUCUUGAUGGCUUUCCACACUGUGAAAGCAAGAUAAAGUGGAUGAAGGACAUGUGGCGCUCAGAUUCGUGCUAUGCAAAUUAUGGCGUGGAUGGAUCCACAUGCAGCUUCUUCAUCUACCUGAGCGAGGUAGAGAACUGGUGUCCUCGUCUGCUAUGGAGGGGCAGCAAUGCUAAUGACGAUUUUGACAAACAGGGACAGCUGGAGAUCCGAACAAGUCUGGACGAGCUGUAUCGUGUGAUGUCACGGCGUGAGGAGUUCCGAUGGAUGAUGUUGAGGAUAAAGCGGAUGGAGGAGUGGUGGCUCGGCGCCGUGCACUCGCUCAGCCUCAAACAAGACCUGCGCAACCGCAAACGAAAGAAGAUCCUUGUGCACCUGGGUCUGCUGACGAAGGAGUCUGGCUUCAAGAUAGCUGAGAAUGCGUUCAGCGGGGGUCCACUGGGAGAGCUGGUGCAGUGGAGUGACCUCAUCACCACUUUAUACCUACUGGGCCACGACAUCCGUAUCUCAGCCUCCAUCGCUGAGCUUAAAGAGAUCAUGAGGAAGGUGAUGGGAAACAAGUCCAGCUGUCCGACACAGGGAGACAAAGUGGUGGAGCUCAUCUACAUCGACAUUGUGGGCCUGUCUCAAUUUAAGAAGACACUCGGGCCCUCGUGGGUGCAUUACCAGUGCAUGCUGCGUGUAUUGGACUCGUUCGGGACGGAGCCGGAGUUUAACCACGCUCACUACGCUCAGUCUAAAGGCCACAAGACUCCGUGGGGCAAGUGGAACCUUAACCCUCAGCAGUUCAACACCAUGUUCCCACACACUCCUGAUAACAGUUUCCUGGGCUUCGUGGUGGAACAGCACCUGAACGCCAGCGACAUCAAACACAUCGAUGACGUCAAGCGGCAGAACCAGUCGCUCGUCUACGGGAAAGUUGAUAACUUCUGGAAGGAUAAAAAGAAGUACUUGGAUAUCAUCCACUCGUACAUGGAAGUACACGCGACUGUACACGGCAGCAGCACUGUCCAUUUGCCCAGCUAUGUCAAAAACCACGGCAUCCUGAGCGGACGUGACCUACAGUUCCUGCUUCGCGAGACCAAACUGUUUGUAGGUUUGUCCUUCCCCUAUGAAGGCCCCGCCCCCCUGGAGGCUAUAGCCAAUGGCUGCGCCUUCCUCAACCCCAAGUUUAAUCCACCCAAGAGCAGCAAGAACACGGAUUUCUUCAAGGGCAAGCCCACUCUGAGAGAGCUGACUUCACAGCACCCGUAUGCUGAGGUGUACAUCGGCCAGCCUCAUGUUUGGACUGUAGAUAUAGAGAAUCCUGGAGAGGUGGACAGAGCAAUCAGAGCCAUCCUCAGUCAGAAGAUCGAGCCCUACCUGCCGUAUGAGUUCACAUGUGAGGGGAUGCUGCAGAGAGUCAACUCCUUCAUCGAGAACCAGGAUUUCUGUCACGGUCAGGUGAUGUGGCCUCCUCUCAGCGCUCUACAGGUCAAAAUGGCUCCAGCAGGCAAAUCUUGCAAGCAGGUUUGUCAGGAGGAGCAGCUGAUCUGCGAACCAUCCUUCUUCCAACACCUGAACAAGGACAAGGACCUGGCCAGGUUUGGUGUCGAGUGCAGGACUGUGGAGAGUGUCGGGGACAUCGUGGUCCCGGCGUUCGGGGAGUCGUCACGUCACUGUGUGCUGCAGGCCGAUCUGCUGCUGUUCAGCUGUGCAGGAGCUCAUCCUUCACUCCAGCGCAUCUGCCCCUGCAGGGACUACAUGAAGGGCCAGGUGGCACUGUGCAAGGACUGCUUAUAACACACACACACACACAUGCACGCACACACACAUUCCAGUGUUUCCCCUUUAGCCCUGGGUCGGGGGGGUCCCCAUCAUUUAGGUGUCAGACAAGGUUUUCAUAUAGAACUGGUUCAAUUUCUACUGCCUCUGUACAUUAACUAGCUACCAACAUUUUUAACAGAUAAUUGCUGUCCAUCUUUAGCAAGCCAAACUACAAAAUAUUUAUUUACCACGCAGAUUGCGGAAAAAGUGGAAAUAUCCUUUAGGAAAACAUCAGCAAGAGAAAAAGGUCUUCAUUGGGGCUCGCUUAGUAAAGCUUGUUAUGAGCAUCUGCUGUCGUCGCUCUUAGGCUCGUUUUUGUUUUGGUUUCGCUGAGAGAUUGUGAGAGAAAUAACAGCAGACCUGGAGAAGAUUCAGUGUGUAAUUACAGUAAUUACAAAUAGCCUCGAAUUACUGAAUCACAAUCAUUACCAAUUACUAAUAACUACUGAUUCCCAAUUAUUUCAAAUGCCUGCUAAUGAUCAACUCCUAAUAAUCACAAAUUGGUAAUUAUUGACAAUUCCCAUUAAUAAUUACCAAUAAUUACUAAUUCCCAGUAAAAACUACCUGUGUUAAUUACCAAUCUCCACUAAUAGCCAAUAAUUGUAGAUUUCCAAUAAUGAUAGUUUCCCACCAAUUUUCCCUGGAGGUCCAGUGGCAGGAUCCUGCGCUCUCUUCGCCACAGCCCGGGUUCGAUUUCACAACCCAGCCACCGAGGGCUUAACUCUCAGUGCCGGUCCCAAGCAUAAAUACAUUUUCAUCACACAGAGGGCUGCAUGAGGAUGUGGUGAAACCUUCCGAAGUGAAACCUGUGCCAAAUUAAAUGAAUUAAUUUCAAAUAGAAUGCUGUGGCAACAUCGGACAGGAAGCAGCGAAGGACUACUAUGACGACAUCAACUGCCCAUCAAUUUCCAAUAACGAUCGAUUCCCGAUCGAUCUCAAAUACUCGUUAAUCUGAAACGUGCAGUGAGAAUUCAAGAACUGCCUCCAACUCCAACCAGUUCAGCGCUCCAGCUAAUUCCUGAGUAAACUUCUAACUGCUUCUAGUUUAAAUCUGUCCUGAACCUUGACGUUUACGUUUGUUAAAGCUUUCUGCUGGAACUUCUUUAGGUCUGAUCUGUUGUGUUGGCUUAGCUUUGGUUACAAAAAAAACCAAUAUGAGGGGAAACACUGCACACAUGCACACAUUGCUUGUGAUUAAAGGAAAUGAAAGAAUUAAAGGGACAAAUACAAAAGAAAGGCCAGACUGAACAAGUGAUGAACUGUUCUCCAGGACGGCCUGAUAUACUUGAAGGAGGCACGCAGGUUCACUGGAACUCGUCACUGCCCCACGUGUGUGUAUGUGUGUGUGUCACAGGAGACACUCCAGUGCUGCGCUCUUUAGAUUUUAUUCUAUUUUAUUGAAUCUUCUCCGUCCUUCUUGUAUCUUCUGGAAAUCACGGGACCAACGAGCCCAGGAAGGUACUUGAUUAAUGCACCAGGAAGAAGAAAAAAAAAAAAGGUUGGCGUCCCUGCGUGUGGAGGAUUUUCUAUUCAGACUGCACUGCAUUUUAAUGUAUAUAGAAAUUUUAAACUAGAAAUCGAUGUGUUGCAGCGCACCCACAAUGACACACACACGCACAUAGAAACACAUACUUUCUUUUUCUGUUUUGUGACCUGCUUUCAGCAAACAACACGAAGACGUUCUGAUCCUCUGUGACGUGAUUUAACUCUGCAAGCAGCUUCACUCUCCUCAACCCACCUUGGUUAGCCCUCCAAAAUUUUUAAGACCGUAUUGAAAUCACUCGGGAACAAACCCGGACGUGACGUUCGUAUUAACGCGGCUCAUCUCCAAACUCGUGUACAUACCAUAUUCUCAAAAAAAAUUCUCCGCAGUUCAAAUUUACAAAAUCUUGUGACUUUUUUUUUUUUUUUGUCUCUUCUUCUCCUGGGGUUUAUGGGUUGAAGUUCCUUUCACGUUUUUGUUCUCCUAAAACAAAUCUCAAUCGAGCAUCAGAUAUUUUCCUUCUUUUCCCUGAUUAAAAGUGCACCACACCACGCUUACAUACUGAAAAUCAUGUGACACUGUACUAUUGUUUAUAAGGAUUUUUUUUUUAUUUAUUUUGUAUACAAAUGCUGAUUUUUUUUUUUUUCUUAAUUUAUAUAGAGUAGGUUUAUAUGUUUUUGUGUUUUGUUUGUUUCUUUGCUUAACAGAAGGAAAUAUUAUUUAUGCUAAAUUAAAAGUGUGUUAAAAGAGUGCGCGUGCUUGUCCAAGACAGACCGAACAGACAUAUGACGUCAAGGACAAAAUGAAGACAGCACAAUCGGUGAGAUUGUCUUCUUUAUCCUUUAUUUUAAUUUUACUACUGUUAUUAUAAUUAUUCAUAUUAAUUAUUAUGACUCACAAUACACUGGAAUGAUCUGAAAUCAUUAUUUAUGUUUUUUUCGCAUCCCUUAAAUGAUGCUGAGGAAAAGCAUCCCUUUAUUUUAAGACUACUGAUGAUAAGAAUGAUUUAUAUUGAUUUAUUUUUUUUUUUUUAAAAGUACACUUUCCAAAUAUGGUAUCAUUUCCCCGCCCCUCAGUGUCUCUGUUGUGGACAAGCAGUGCACCUUGAGUACAGAUUGUGUUUUGUUUUUUGUUUUUUUUUAAGUUCUUAUGUGUCACAUUUGCACAUUUGUAUAUAUUUAUGGACGGGUUUCUUCGCUUGUUUUCUAACUUAUUCCACGCUUUUGUUUUUUUUUUUCCUCCCCUCACUGAGAUCUCAGUUUGUAUAUAAUCGUGAAGACCGUUUUUAUUUUCUGUUCUUCCGUGCCUUUUCCGAGUGUAGACGUGUAGAUGCGUAGAAUGACAAAAAUAACACAAACAGAACCGUUUUCAUACAAAAAAAAACUGGAUUUUUUGCCAAAAAAAAGUGGAGAUGCUUAGAAAUGUAAAGUUCGUCUUUGUUUACAGUCGAUGAAGCGUUUAAAAGUUGCACAUUUGAUGAACAGGCUAGUUAUUCAUUGCAACUUAAUUCAUUAAAGAGAUUAGAGACUUUAGUCGCAGUAAUUACGCAAAGUAUUGAUGCAAAUGCAAGAUUCUGUUUACUGCUUUCUUUCUUUUUUUUUUUAAUAUAUUUUCUUGUUUUGUUUUGUUUGUUCUCCCUCCACAUUUGUGGGUCAACCUUUACAUCAGUUCAUCUGCUUUGUGUGUUUCAUGACAGUGAUAGAAGAUUAGGGGACAUAAGUUUUUAAAAAAGAAAAAGUCUUUUUUUUUUUUGAUCAAUACGCUGGAUAUAUCUUUAUUUUUCAAUAAACUCUUUCUGUGACAACAGAAAUUUCAAUAUAA